ACCAACUCUUUCUACUACCUUCUGUGACUUUCCUUCACACAUUCUUUGGACAAAACCCAAAUAGCAUUUCAUACCUUCUCGAGAUCGUUUCAAUGGCGGCUACUUCUCUCUCACCAUCUACAAUCCUAUCUCUGAAUAGGAAAGGCUCGUCUACUGUUUCCGCUUUCACUCCGCGCUCUAUCUCCGCCGUCAAAUUCCAGUUCCCACUUCGCCGGAUUCGAACCGGAGACUUAAACCUUUCCUCGCUAUCUUCAUCAACUCGAUCCACUCCUCGCCCUAUUGAAGCAAAGAAGCAGACGUACAACUCGUUUGAUGAUCUCCUUGUGAACUCUGACAAGCCUGUUCUUGUCGACUUCUACGCGACCUGGUGUGGUCCCUGUCAGUUCAUGGUUCCGAUUCUCAGUGAAGUGAGUGAAACAUUGAAAGACAAGAUCCAGGUGGUGAAGAUUGAUACUGAGAAGUAUCCGAGUAUUGCUAAUAAAUACAAGAUCGAGGCGCUUCCUACGCUUAUCUUAUUCAAAGAUGGGGAGCCUUGUGACCGAUUUGAGGGUGCUUUGGCGGCGAAUCAACUUGUUCAAUGGAUUGAAGAUUCUCUUGAAGUGAAGACUUAGUUAUGGAUCAUGAUCUCUUUCAUUUGUUGGUAUGUUGUUUUUUCUAAUGUCCCUGACUUGCGCAGGGCUUAGGGGUUAGCCAUGUUCUCGUGUAGUAGUUCAUCGAUUUGACAAGGAUAAAAGAUUGUCUGGAUUUGAGAAAAAAAUGAAAUUUAUGUAUGCCAGAUUUGAAAAACCUUGUUGUGAGUAAACGUAUCCUUUAUUCUCAA